AAACUGUCACUUUCAAGAUUCAAGAGUGCAUGUGCGGGAUUCGCGAUUCGUGAUUGCAUCACAGUAUUUUGUAGUUUUUCCAUCGUUUGGACCGUGCAAAAGUGUGUUUUCCACGGAAUUUAAUAAUUUCCCAUCGGUGGUUGAUUAUGUGACUUUGUGGCGCUGAUUGUGUUUUGAAAAAUUGUGUUGCCGGAAGUGAAACCACCCCUUUUCAACCAUGAAGCUCUUCGCCAACUCGCUGGUGCUGCGGAAAAUCAAUCGAUACCUGCGGAAAAACGUCCGGGACCAGUCGCCGAACAUUCUGCGGCUGUGGGCGACCCAGUGCGAGUUCGUGUUCGCCCAGCAGUUGCGUCGCAGCCAGCAGAUCAUUACGCUGUACGCCAAGAUCUGGGAGGAACGAGCCCUGCGCGAGCUGCUCCGGCGCUUCCGGGGACAGGUCCAACGCCAGGCCAAGGGUUUCCUGCUGUCGUCCGCGGCGCUGCUCGCCUUCGACUGGGACCGCGAGCGCAUCGAGUACGACGACGUGAAGGAAUACUUUGACGACUUCAACUUCCUCGAACGGCUGCAGCGCGAAACCAUCUUCUGCGGCCAGUGCCAGAAGCGGCGCGAGAUUGACUGCCGGCUCGACGGCAUCUGCUACUGCCGCUGCCCGCGGAACGUGACCGAUGUGCUAACGCGCGAGCAGAACGACUUCACCGCGUGGGAACCGUACAUCGAGCAGCGCGACAUGAUCACCUGGCGCAAGGAGGUCAAGCCGGGGCUUUACGCGUACAAAGUUUACGUUGAGUAUCCGGACAUUACGGCGGAGGACUUCCUGCACGUGCAGACCGACGUCGAGUAUCGGAAAAAGUGGGACAACACCGCGGUCAGUUUGGAGGUCAUCGAUGAGGACACUGCCAAGGGGUCCAACAGUCACAUCAUCUACUGGGAAAUGCUGUGGCCGAAACUCUUUGCCAACCGCGACUACGUGUACAAUCGGCGGUUCUUCGUGGACCGCUCGAAGAAGGUCAUUGUCAUCGUCAACAAGAGCGUCCAGCAUCCGAAGGCACCUGCCCGGCCCAGCAAUCACCGGGUCAACGAGUUCUGGAGCUUCAUGGUCAUCAAGCCGACCACGAGCGCGUUCAACAAGCCGGGCGUGUCCUUCAUCCUGACGUACUUUGACAACCCGGGCCUGUCGAUCCCAAAGUACAUCACCAACUGGGUCGCCAAAAAGCAGAUGCCGGACUUUCUCGGCCAGCUGCACCAGGCCACACUCAACUACGCCAGUAUGAAGAAGCAGAACGAGACGAGAAUCGUGGCCUUCUGGGACAAACAUCGCGAUCCGGGCUUCGAGUACCCGCCGGACACCCUGUCGGGAUUCAACAGCGAGGAUUUUCUGCAGGCGCAGAGCGAGAACGAAGGUUCCUCAAGUCUACAAGAAGUCAAUCCAAAGUCCCUCUCUGUCGCACCUGCAUCCGAGAUUACAAAAGCCCACCACCUCCAAAAAGCCAACUCAGCUGUCGUCAAGAAGACUACCAACACUGAUAGCAGCAGUAAUCAGGAACCGUCCCAAACCAGCAUGACAACGGCGGUGGCGACCACGCAGGACGCAGUGUCAGAGUGCAACAACAACAGCAGCAACAAUUCGUCAACACCAGCGGCGCCGCCGCAGAAAUCUUCCUGGUGGAGUUAUCUGUACUCGUAUUUAUACUUCAUUUAAGACCUGCAGCUCAGCUGCUGCUGAUAUGAGAACGUGCGUAAUCGGGUUCUAGGUCAUGGUUUGAACAGUUCCUAAAACGGCGUUGCAACCAUGAGUCAUGUGUACGUACUCGCUC